CCUGUUAUUGUAAUGACUUCCAUGGAAUUGGAAAGCUUGCUGUUACUGAAAUACCCCAGAGCUGUGCCCUCUGAAUCACUUGCCUUCUUUGAGUAGUCUGUACAAGAUUGUUAAACUACAGGAGAUCGCAACAUUCAAGAUAUGGGGCACCUAAAGAUUUUGAGACUGUCAAUGCUGGUUUUGAUAUAUUGGAAAAUAUGUAAAGCAACUCAUUUAACCACAGUUGACCCUCCAACCAACCUACAGAUACUAGACCCUGGAUACCUGGGUGAACUCCACAUUGAGUGGCAAGCUCCUGCUAGCUUGAGAAGCAUCUCAAACUGUGUGCUGCGCUACCAGCUACAAUACUACAGCACUGAUGAAGGCAGAUGGAAGACUGUGAGAACUACACACUUAAAACACAGUGCCAGAUUUGACCUUGGGAAGGAAGCCAAAGUAAAAGUACAGAGCCUGCUGAAGGGUCAGUGUACAAAUGGUUCUGAACUGCAAAGCGUGUGGGCUGAAAGGACAUUGCAGCCAUCACAGGAAGGGAUUCCAGAGUCCAGGAUCAAAAACCUCGCCUGUGUUUUCUAUAACUGGGAAUACAUGGAAUGUACCUGGCAGAGGCCUCCAUAUUUAAACUACAACCUGUUCUACUGGCACUCAAAGCUGGACCAUGCAAUGGAAUGUGCUGACUAUAUCCAGUCCAAUGGGGUCAACAUUGGCUGCAAUUUUUCCAGUGCCGAUUUGGAGGACUACACCGACUUUAACAUAUGUGUUAAUGGCUCUUCUGCAGCAGGACCUCUGAUUCCAGUGUACUUUAGAUUUGAACUUCAAAAUCUAGUGAAACCAGCUGUUAUUAAGAAAAUAAAUGUAACAAAAGUGGGAAAUGAAAGACUGCAUCUGGAAUGGAAGCCUCCUGUGGGUAAAAUCAAAUCCCACUGCCUGGAGUAUGAGGUUCAGUGCAGAGAAGAUGAAAACGAAUGGACGUCUAACUUCAAAAAAGGAACCACAUUUACCAGCUUCCGAUUUGACCCAAGGCACAGGCAUUGUUUCAGAGUAAGAAGCAAGCUAAACAUGUACUGCGCUGAUAAUGAGCUGUGGAGCGACUGGACCGCAAACCUGUGCUUUACUGAGGAAUAUGAACUAUCUGAAGCAUCCAUGUUUAUAGCUCUGGGCACUUCUCUGAUCAUCUUGUUUGCUAUUGCACUUUCCUUAUGGAUCAGACGAAGAGGAUUAAAGAUCAAAGGAGGAGAAGACGGUAUAUUGCUCUGAUGUAUGGAACUGCUGCCUGCCUUCAUGUAUGUUCUCAAAUAUGUGCUGAGAUAUCCAAUAAGAUGAUUGUCUUGAUUGUUUUCACAAUCAAGUUCACCGUGGAGUGGAAUAACAUUGUGUCUGCGGAGAUCAAUGUAAUGAAAGUAAUAGUUUGGUAUAAAGUCUGCUUCAUAUCCUUAGCUGUCCUUGUAUUAACAUAGUAUUGUACUAUUGCCAUUAUCUUGCCAUUGCAUUGUCACUGCACUGAUCAUUAUUGAAACAGCUUACCAGCAAAUUAACAUUGGAGGUGAUUGAACAGAACGUCCUGGAAUAGAUUGUCAAAAAGUUCUGCUGCUGAGUGAACAUUUGCAUCAUAAGAAGAUGCUGCUAAAUAGGAUUGAAUCACCAGACCUGCCCCCUGUUCUGUUAAGUUGCUGUUCCAGUUGUCGUUUCACUGCCACAGUUUGUAUUUUGUGUUUGCAGUUGGAUUAUCUUUUUAGGGCAGAAAAUGAUUUGUAUUGUUUAUGUUAAUGAUGUCAGAUUUGAGUUAAUACAUUCCUCAUUGUUUAAUUCAUUAUCUUCAUGUUUAAUGAUUAAGUUGCUAAAUCCCCAAUUGAAACAGGGUAAUCAGUUAUGUAUUACUGGAAUCUGGAUCAAUUAAAGCAGGGCUUCUCAACCUUCUUGUUCCUAUACACAUACACACACACACACACACACACACACACACACACACACACACACACACACACACACACACACAUCAGGGAUGGAAAUAAGACUCCUAUUGCAGUAAUCUCAAUAAUCCAUACUACUCAUGUUUUCCAAGAGUUAAUUCAUUUUAUUUAUUUUAUUGAACAAGCUUCAAAAAAUAUAUUUAAAAAAAAAAAAAAAAAACAUUUCUGAUCCACAUCCACAAUGCGUUUCAACUUUAAGUUUUCACCAGGUGGUGAAUAUUAUCAAUUAGAGAACACCUUAUUUAUACAACUUUUCAUUGGCAACUUUUAAUCACGUUUCAAUUAGUUCAAUUGUUUUCCGGUUUAAAUUAUUAAAUCAUUUACUGAAAUCUUAAUGAUACAAUAUUAUUAACUAUGAUUAUCAAAAGAAUAUUCGUUAUCUUAAUACAAACAAGCAUAAUUAACAGUGACAUACAAAAAAUAUAUCUCAUAAAUGACGUGACUAACACUAAAACAGCUACAAUUCCUUUUGAAUCUAUUACCAGUUGAAGAGUCAUUUAUCUCAUAUCACAACAAGACAAACUAGAAAACGGAUAUUGAAUGGGCUUCAUAUGUUCAAACCUUGUUAUUAAUUGGAGCACAAUCUAUCAGUAUACCUCAUCUUCAUAUUUAAUUAUAUUAAAUUAGAGAUUUACACCAAUUACUAGUAUACUUAUGUUCCGCUAUUCGAUUUUUAAGAUUCCUUUUUGUUUGACCAAUAUAUGCUAAGCCGCAAGGGCAUUUUAGCAUAUAAAUGACAUGAGUUGUGUUACAAUUAAUCAAUCCCUGAAUUUUGUAUUUUUUACCUGUUUGUGGAUGGUUAAAAUACUUAGUGUUUUGAGUGUUAGAGCAGUGUAUGCAGUGUAUGCAACGUGAGUACUAUGGAUUAAAUUGAGAGAAACAAUCACUUUCUUUAUAGACAUUACCUUAUAUUGGUCUGCACCUUUGUGAAGAUUUAAGCAUUGCAGUGUAAAUAAAUUAUUUUUGUUUUACUUACUUCAUAUGAAACAUUCUGUCAAGACGUGGAGGUGUCUUCACCAAGCACACUCGCAUGUCAUGGUCAAAUGUCUGUGGAUUCAUUGAGUUGUAUGGCAAAAUCAUUGUCAUGCAGCCCAUCAAUGCACUGCGAAACUAUGUCUUCUGACAUAAAAGCGAUCCGUCGUCUGACAGUGUCAUUUGAAGUUGGUAUUUUUGCCAGUUCCUUGGCCUUCUGCUCUCCAAACAUUUCCUUCACAAUUUCAGUGGCACACGGCAUUAUCAACUCCUCAGCAAUCGUAUGCGAUUUUUUUACUUUAGCAAUUUUCUGCGCCACUAUUUACGAUGACACUACAAGCUUUUUAUCCAUGGUAGUUGUAGAUUUCAUUACAGCUUUAGUACCAAGCAGUUCCUUAGCCUUUCGCUCAAAAAAUGAAUGUUGCUUGUUUUUAUAUAUACUGAUGCACAAUGAAAUGCAACAGUCUACAUUUUACAUUAAUAGCUCAUUGGGCACAUACGGUUUUGUAUCAUUUUAAAUAGUGAGCAGAUAGGUUUGUUGACUGUUUGAGUAGUAUUGUUCCUUGGGAUAACAAAAUACUGAGCUCAAGUCAUGUGAUUUCAUGAAAAUGCCAGGUGCUCAGUGUUUGGUGUUUUGAGUUGAGUUAAAAUUGCCAAAAUGAGUUGACUAAGAAUCUGUAUAAACAGCCUUUCAAAAAGACAUGAUUUUAUUUAACACAAGAACAGUGAGGGACAGGCCAUGUCCUGGAAGGCAGAGGGUCACUACACCGGCCCAGGACCGUCACAUACUACUGAUCCAUCUGUGUAAUCAUUCUCAGUCUGCAGUGGCUACAGCACAAGAAAUUCCAGGAAGAUAUAACCUGUGCAUCACAGAAUGACUGUAGCUUGCCGUCUGCAUAAAAAUGAUUUGAAUGCUCGGAGGCCGUUCAGGGGUAACAUAUUGACAGCUGAGAGACGAAAUCGCCGUUUUCUGUGGGCUAGAGAACAUCUGAGGUGGCUGCAGAGAGAGUGGUGGAGUGUUUUAUUCACUGAUGGAUGCUGUUUUGUCCUUGACAGACCUGACAGAAGACAUGUGUGGAGACGUCGUGGUGAGCGUUAUGCUGACUAUUGCAUUGUUCAAGCCAACUGGUGGGGCGGUGGAAGUGAGAUGAUGUGGGGAAGAAUCUCCUUUAACGCAAGAACACCUUUGGUACAGAUUGAGGGCAACCUUACUUCUCAGCGAUACAUUGACAGUCCUUGAGGUAACUGUAAGCCAAUCUGGAAGUGUCGAUUUUCCAGAAGGACAAUGCAAGACCACACAGUGCUAGGAUUACAAUUGUACGACUUCAAGAAAACAAUGUUGAGGUCUUGCCGUGGCCAGCUUUUUCUCCUGACCCGAGUCCAAAGAACCACAUUUCUGGGACCAAAUCAUCAGUGCCAUCCACAGGAGACAACAGUGACCAGGCAACCUUCGCCAGCUGGCUGCAGCUGCACAGGAAGAGUGGCAGAACGUCCCACAACUAUCCAGAGGCUGCUCAGGUCUAUGCGUCAACUCUGCCAGGAUUGUGUUAAUGCUCAGGGAGGCCAUACCCGAUACUAACUUUGUAAUGUUUUCAUUUUGACAGCGUGUCACGUUUCAUACUGAAACUUGUCAUGAUUCUUUGAUCUGUAUUUUUGUUCAAAUAUUCUGUGAUUUUGUUUGAUAUCUAUCUUUAAAAUAUUUCAUGAAAUCCAUUAGACCUGAAUGUUGCAUUUCUUUUGUGCAUUAUUCAUAUUAUUUGUUUACUGACUUGAGUUGUAUUAGUUCAUAUAGAAAAGACAAAUUAUAGACAAUUGAUGAAUGCUUGCCUUUACAUGCAAUUGAUAGUUACACUGAAGCUGAGAUAUUAUCUGACUAUUAUGGCUUGCUGAGAUUAAUGUACUGACUUGUGUUAUAUUGAUGCUAAUCUUCUUUUCUAUUUUGUACCAUAUUAUUUUACACAUUAUUUAAAAUUCAUAAGAGAGUGUUGUGUGUUUUAUUGUCACUCGUUGUCUCUGCGAUCUUGAAUUCGUCCGGGAGUGAUGUAUAACUAAGAGUGCUAAUCAAAAUAAACCAUUACAGGUAUUCAUUAAUUAUCUUUAAUUGGGUACAGUACACCCUCACUAGAACAAACCUGUUGGGGUCCAAGCCAUUUGUUUGUUAUGUCGAGGGGUUCGUUAUAGUGAAAGGACAAUUACAAUAAACGAUAAACUGUUGGAGUAAAUGAGUGAGAUGAGAUUGUGAAUACAAUAGAUUGUGAGUAGAAUUGCAUGUACCUGUUCCUCUCAUGUAAGCAGUAUCCUGCCUUUGCUUUAUCUGAUUCGUUAAAGAAUUAAAACGCAGUACAGAAAGCAAAAAUCCCAAAUUGAAGCUGAACUUUGUAUUCAAAAUCAAUCUGACAUGAAUCAUUUUAAAGUGCAGCAAAUCUUAAUCCAACAUGCAAGAAUCCCAAAAUGAGAUUUAAUUCCAAGUCAACCCGACAUGAAAAGUUCAUCAGAUCCUAAAGUUUUUUUUGUUGUUGUUGUUUAUUCUUUGAUCAAUUUUUCUUUGCCGCAUAGUUACUGAACAAGCCAAAAAAGAGAGUGCUUUUUGACCACCUAUAUUCACAAGAGAUAUGCCUGCUUUACUCCUUUUUCAAAUGAUCAAUAUAAUUUCCAGCUUUGUUGUAACAUGAAAUGCUUUUGUUUCUGAGGCAUAGUUAAACAGUGCACUCUUUUUAUUAAGACAAAGCACUUGACUUCACUGCGGAGGUGGCAUCCCAUGUGUACAGACCAGGAUGUUGACGGUGUGUGUGUUUAUAUAAUUUUUUAUUUUUUAUUUUAGUUUAUUUGGGGUCCAGGGGCCAGGUUCGUUAUAGCAGAAGGUUUGUUUUAGUGAAGGGAGUUAUAGCAAGGGUGUACUGUAUUUAAACAUCAAUUCUCCCUUGUGACAGGUUGGCUUGAGUGGUCUGACAGACACAGACAGGUACUUGUGGGGCUAUACAAAAAUAAACAAAUAAACAACGCUCACAGAGCAAAAUAAAAGGUUUAAACAAAACAAAGUCUCAAACACAUAAAACAAACAAUACUUAGGUCAGGCUGGGCAGUCGCCUUCACUGACCCUAAAACAAUAUCGCGUGGGCCCUUCCAGCACACGUAGUACUUGUUUAUUUUGUUCUUUCAGCUCUCUCUCUCUCUCUCUCUCUCUCUCUCUCAAUUCAAUCCAAUUCAAAGAUGCUUUAUUGGCAUGACUACAACAGAAGUAUUGCCAAAGCAAUUACAAACUCAAUUAUAAUAAAACAGACACAUUUAAGAUAUUUAUUUGUACAUAGAUGUAUGAUGGAAGGGAGUUUCUGUAAGGUUUUACUGGUCAUGUCUCAGUUCAUUGCUCGUUCUCGUUCCUCCUCCCUGAACACCCACCCUGCUCAGCACAAGCUGUGACCGUCUCCGAAUUAACAAUAAAUGAAUGAAUCCAGAGAUGGUCACAUUCCACACGAGUUUAGUGGCUGGGCGUUAACCCCAUCCACGCUGCCAAACAAUAACAAACAAAAACAUUGCAUUUUAAUAAAUACAGAACAAUACAUUUGAAAUCAUAAUAAUACAACAAUAAUAACAAUAAACCAUUACUUUUAAAUCAUAAUACAUUGUGUUUUUAACUAAACUCACAAUACAUUUAAAUCAACAAACCGUAUUAAACACACCCCACAAUACAUUUACUUACAAGCAAGGCUUUGCCCUGCCCCCUAUAAUUACGUGCAGGGCUCUCGUCUGCCCUGGUACAUCCCUACAUUUCAGUAGUUUAGACACUAAAGAAAUCACCUGAUUUCAGUAGUUAUUGCAUAAUGAUGUUGCAAUGAAGAACUCAAAAUAAUGACUUCAGUGUAAAAGUUGAUGUGUUCAAUAUUUCUGGACUUAUUCCCUACUCUUACUACAAGCACAGCAAGUACUGAUAUCUUAUCGCUAUUGCUAAUGAAAUAAUAAUAAUAAUAAUAAUAAUAAUAAUAAUAAUAAUAAUAAUAAUAAUAAUAAUAAUAAUAACAGCAGCAUUCAUAUCUGAUUUUUGUACUGGUUUAGUGAUGUGAUUUGUAUUGAAUGUAUGUUAUGUAAUUACUGUUGUUAUUAUUGUUCAAAGUAAACUUUGCAGCCAUUAUUUCAAAUCGUAA